UUCUGCUGGGGUCUGGAUUGGAGGUACGAAAAGACCGGACCCUCCCUUGUAUGACUGGACUCUAAAGCAAGAAAGACCAACUUCCCCUCGCCUCAAAGAGUCUACAUGUCUAAUAUUUAGACAUGUUCAGCUUUGUGGAUAUUCGGUUAGCGCUGUUGCUCUCAGCAACAGUGCUUUUGGCCAGAGCUCAAGGCGAGGACGAUGACACAACUGGCAGCUGUACAUUCAAGAGCCAAGUGUAUAACGACAAAGAUGUAUGGAAACCUGAGCCCUGCCAGAUCUGCGUGUGCGAUAGCGGCAACGUCAUGUGCGAUGAUGUGAUUUGUGAAGACACAUCUGACUGCCCCAAUCCAGAAAUCCCACUAGGCGAAUGCUGCCCAAUCUGCCCUGAUGGUCCCCAAGAGCCCAUGGUUGAGGGACCCAAGGGUGACCGUGGACCCAAGGGAGAAAGGGGUCUUCCUGGGCCUCCUGGUAAUGAUGGCAUUCCUGGCCAGCCUGGUCUUCCAGGCCCCCCUGGCCCACCUGGACCCCCCGGUCUUGGCGGAAACUUUUCUCCCCAAAUGUCUCUGGGAUACGACGAGAAAUCUGCCGGCGCAAUCGCUGUCCCCGGCCCAAUGGGUCCGAUGGGUCCCCGCGGUCCUCCUGGCCCCCCUGGUCCUAGCGGACCCCAAGGUUUCACUGGCCCCCCUGGUGAGCCUGGUGAGGCUGGUUCCGCAGGUCCUAUGGGUCCCCGUGGUGCAGCUGGCCCUCCCGGCAAGAACGGAGAAGAUGGUGAGUCUGGCAAGCCUGGUCGUCCUGGAGAGCGUGGCCCAACUGGCCCACAGGGUGCCCGUGGAUUCCCUGGAACUCCUGGUCUUCCCGGAAUCAAGGGACACAGAGGCUUCAGUGGUCUAGAUGGUGCUAAGGGAGACACUGGCCCUGCUGGACCAAAGGGAGAGCCUGGUGCCCCUGGUGAGAACGGAACUCCCGGCGCAAUGGGUCCUCGUGGUCUCCCCGGUGAGAGAGGCCGUGCUGGUGCCAAUGGCGCUGCUGGUGCUCGUGGCAAUGACGGUGCAGUUGGCGCUGCCGGACCUCCUGGCCCCACUGGUCCUGCUGGUCCCCCUGGAUUCCCUGGUGCUCCUGGAGCCAAGGGAGAGGCCGGCCCUCAGGGAAGCCGUGGAGCUGAGGGAGCACAAGGAGCUCGUGGUGAGCCCGGCAACCCUGGACCUGCUGGACCUGCUGGUCCUGCUGGCAACCCUGGAACUGAUGGUGCCUCUGGUCCUAAGGGUGCCCCUGGUGCUGCUGGAAUUGCUGGUGCCCCCGGAUUCCCUGGACCCCGUGGUCCCUCCGGACCUCAGGGUGCUGCUGGUGCUCCUGGCCCUAAGGGUAACACUGGUGAGGCUGGUGCUCCUGGUGCCAAAGGAGAGGCUGGUGCCAAGGGAGAGUCUGGUCCUGCUGGUAUCCAAGGCCCACCUGGCCCUGCUGGGGAGGAAGGCAAGCGUGGCCCCCGUGGUGAGCCUGGUGCUGCCGGAGCUCGCGGACCCCCCGGAGAGCGUGGUGCCCCUGGAGCCCGUGGUUUCCCCGGUUCUGAUGGAGGUGCUGGCCCCAAGGGUGCCCCUGGUGAGCGUGGUGGUGUUGGCUCCGUCGGCCCUAAGGGUGCUACUGGUGAGCCCGGACGCAACGGUGAGCCUGGCUUGCCAGGAUCAAAGGGUAUGACUGGUAGCCCCGGUAGCCCUGGUCCUGACGGCAAGACUGGAGCUCCAGGCCCCGCUGGACAAGACGGCCGCCCUGGACCCCCUGGCCCCGUUGGAGCCAGAGGUCAGCCAGGAGUCAUGGGAUUCCCUGGACCUAAGGGUGCUGCUGGUGAAGCUGGAAAGUCUGGUGAGAGAGGUGUCAUGGGACCCGUUGGCCCUGUUGGUGCUCCUGGCAAAGAUGGUGACGUUGGUGCUCCUGGUGCCCCUGGACCUGCUGGACCUGCUGGUGAGAGAGGCGAGCAGGGACCUGGUGGUCCUCCUGGAUUCCAGGGUCUGCCCGGACCUCAAGGUGCAAGCGGUGAGCCCGGCAAGGCUGGCGAACAGGGUAUCCCUGGUGAGGCUGGACUGCCUGGACCUGCUGGAUCCAGAGGGGAAAGAGGUUUCCCUGGUGAGCGCGGUGCCCCUGGCCCCGUUGGCCCUGUUGGUGCUCGUGGCUCUCCUGGUGCUUCUGGUAACGAUGGUGCUAAGGGAGAGGCCGGUGCCCCAGGUGCCCCAGGUGCCCAGGGUCCCCCAGGCCUCCAGGGAAUGCCCGGCGAGCGCGGUGCUGCUGGUCUGCCAGGUCUCAAGGGUGAUCGAGGUGACACUGGCGCCAAGGGUGCUGAUGGUUCCCCUGGCAAGGAUGGCAUUCGGGGUAUGACUGGUCCAAUUGGUCCUCCUGGCCCUGCUGGUGCUGCUGGAGACAAGGGUGAGACUGGCCCUGCUGGUCCCAUUGGUCCUACCGGUGCACGCGGUGCCCCUGGCGAGCGUGGUGAGGCUGGUGCUGCUGGACCCGCUGGAUUUGCCGGACCUCCUGGUGCUGACGGCCAGCCUGGUGCUAAGGGAGAGGCUGGUGACAGCGGUGCCAAGGGUGAUGCUGGUGCACCUGGCCCAGCUGGUCCUACUGGCGCUCCUGGACCUCAGGGCCCAGUUGGCGCUACUGGAGCCAAGGGUGCUCGUGGUGCUGCAGGUCCUCCUGGUGCAACUGGUUUCCCUGGUGCUGCUGGUAGAGUUGGACCUCCUGGCCCCUCUGGUAACCCUGGACCACCCGGCCCUGCCGGAGCUCCUGGAAAGGAAGGACAGAAGGGUAACCGUGGUGAGACCGGCCCUGCCGGUCGUACUGGCGAAAUCGGGCCCGCCGGACCUCCUGGCUCACCUGGUGAGAAGGGAGCUCCUGGUGCUGAUGGUCCUUCUGGUUCUUCUGGUAUCCCUGGACCUCAGGGUAUUGCCGGACAGCGUGGUAUUGUGGGUCUUCCUGGACAGAGAGGCGAGCGUGGUUUCCCCGGUCUCCCCGGCCAAUCUGGUGAGCCUGGCAAACAGGGACCUGGUGGCCCCUCUGGUGAGCGUGGACCUCCUGGACCCAUGGGACCCCCUGGACUUGCUGGUGCUCCCGGUGAACCUGGCCGUGAGGGUACUCCUGGUAACGAGGGUACUGCUGGUCGCGACGGUGCUGCUGGCCCCAAGGGAGACCGUGGUGAGACCGGUGCUGCUGGUGCUCCUGGUGCUCCUGGACCCCCUGGUGCUCCUGGCCCCGUUGGCCCUGCUGGAAAGACUGGUGAUCGUGGUGAGACCGGCCCCGCUGGCCCCGCUGGACCCGCUGGCCCUUCUGGACCCCGUGGCCCUGCUGGACCCGCAGGCCCCCGUGGUGACAAGGGUGAGACCGGAGAAGCUGGUGAGAGAGGCAUUAAGGGACACAGAGGCUUCACUGGUCUGCAGGGUCCACCUGGACCUUCUGGCCCACCUGGAGACCAUGGACCUGCUGGUGCUUCUGGCCCUGCUGGACCAAGAGGUCCUGGUGGUCCUGCUGGGGCUGCUGGUAAAGAUGGUGUGAAUGGUCUGCCUGGACCUAUUGGACCCCCUGGACCCCGUGGUCGUACUGGUGAAAUUGGACCUGCUGGUCCUCCUGGACCUCCCGGACCUCCCGGACCACCUGGACCUCCUGGCGGUGGAUUCGACAUGGGCUUCAUUGCUCAGCCUGCCCAGGAGAAGGCCCCAGAUCCCUUCCGUCAUUACCGUGCUGAUGAUGCUAACGUCAUGCGUGACCGUGACCUCGAGGUGGACACCACCCUCAAGUCCCUGAGCCAGCAGAUUGAGAGCAUUAUGAGCCCUGAUGGCACCAGGAAGAACCCUGCCCGCACUUGCCGUGACCUGAAGAUGUGCCACCCUGACUGGAAGAGCGGAGAGUACUGGAUUGACCCUGACCAGGGCUGCUCUCAGGAUGCCAUCAAGGUCUACUGCAACAUGGAGACUGGUGAGACUUGUGUCUACCCAACUCAGCCUGAGAUACCCAAGAAGAACUGGUAUACCAGCAAGAACACUAAGGAGAAGAAACACAUCUGGUUCAGCGAGACAAUGACUGAUGGCUUCCAGUUUGAGUAUGGUGGUGAAGACUCCAAGCUUGAGGAUGUCAACAUCCAACUGACCUUCCUGCGCUUGAUGGCCACCGAAGCCUCUCAGAACAUCACGUACCACUGCAAGAACAGCAUCGCCUACAUGGACCAGGAGGCCGGAAACCUCAAGAAGGCCCUGCUUCUGCAAGGCUCCAACGAAAUUGAGAUCAGAGCUGAGGGCAACAGCCGCUUCACAUACAGUGUCACCGAGGACGGCUGCACGUCACACACUGGCGCAUGGGGCAAGACAGUCAUUGACUACAAGACAACAAAAACAUCCCGUCUGCCCAUUAUUGACAUCGCUCCUAUGGACGUUGGUGCACCCAGUCAGGAAUUUGGCAUUGAAGUUGGCCCAGUUUGCUUCUUGUAAAAAGAAAUAUGGACUUGAAAUUGUUGAUUUUUUUCUAGCAGUCGUCUCUCUAAAACCUUUCUAUGCAUUAAAAAAAUCCUAAAGUUUCAUUCGGCCACAAAUGGUCCACUUGCUUAAAACUACAUUUCUGAAGAUGUGUGCUGUCAGUUUUUGAAAGAAAAAAAAAAAAAAAAAUUGGGACCACUUUUUACCAACACCAACAUCUUAAAUCAAAGACAUUCUAAAAGAAUCAUUUGUGUCGCCGACAACAAGAAAAUAAUAUAUACCUAUAAAGUGUAAAAUUCCCCUGGAGUUUUAAAAGAGAAAAUCAUGAAAAAGGUGACUUUUGCCGUUUUUCUUACCACUGUGGAAGGACAAAAACCAAAUGCUUUGUACCGUUUACAGGUGUUAAAUAAAUUUGAAAAAUGACA